GUUUCUCUGCCUCUUUCCCUUCUUCGCCGACUCCUAAACCCUAGAGUUCUUGUCCUCCCUCUGCUGCGGCGGCGAGAGAGAGAUGGCGAAGUCGCUGCGAUCAAAGCGGGAGAAGCGGCUGCGGACGCUGCGGCGAGAGAUCGCGGAGCCCUUCUACGACAAGAAGGAGGCAGCCAAGCUCGCUGCGCAGGCCGCCGCCCUCGAGGCCCCCAAGCUUGUUGUCCGCGGCCCCCCGCCGUCUCACGAUUCCCGCGACGCUGCCACCACCGCCGGCCAGCCCUCGGCCAUGGAAGUGGAGAUAGCUGAUGAUGGAAACAAGAGGUCUGGAUCCGUUUUGAAGCCAAUAGGCAGCAUUAGCAAGAAGAAGGUGCAGCUCCACUUGAAGAUCAAGAAAGACAAGAGGAAAGCUAGAAAGAAAGGAAGGUUUGGGAAAAAGUAGAAGUUGUGUGAGCUAUUCUGUUAUGAACCAUGCAAUUUUGUUUUGUGAGUUCGAACAACGCAUGUAACCGUAUUCUACUUGUGCACCGAAGGGUUAACCAUCAAUAUGAAACAUUUGAAUGAUCACUUGGCAAAAGUAGUGUCCCCUGUUCAUC